GUCUCCCUUGCAGACUUCCCAACAAUUGCAUAGGUUCUGAUCAUCAAUCAAAUUCCUGUGUGUGUCUCUCUCUCUCUCUCUGCAUCUUCACCAGCAGAGCCACAGAGACACCGAAAGGGAGAGAAAUGGCAACAGAAGAAGAGGCCAUAGAGAGGACAUUAGAGGAAACGCCCACUUGGGCUGUGGCCACUGUUUGUUUCGUCUUGAUUUUCACCUCCAUCUUCCUUGAGCACUUGAUCCAUCUCCUGUCCAAGUACUUCCGUAGGAGUAGAAGGCGGUCUCUCAUUCAUGCUCUUGACAAAAUCAAAUCAGAGCUGAUGCUGUUGGGUUUCAUAUCGUUGCUGUUGACGGUGGGCGAGAAGACGAUCGCUAACAUAUGCAUACCGAAGAGUGUCGGAGAGACGUUUCUUCCUUGCAGUAGCUUGGAGUCUGAUGAUACCGAGGAAGAAACCAAAUGCCAAAAUCAGGGAAAGGUCUCUUUGUUGUCUAGGGAAGGUGUGCAGGAACUUCAAUACUUGAUCUUCGUACUGGCCUUCUUCCACUCUCUAUCAUGCAUCCUCACUUUCGCACUCGGCAUGGCCAAGAUGAGGAAGUGGGAAUCCUGGGAGGCAGAAACAAGAACCGUGGAGUAUCAAUUUUCAAACGAUCCAAGAAGGUUCAAGCUCGUUCACCAGACAUCAUUCGGAAAACGGCAUUUGAGGUUUUGGAGCGAUCACCCAAUCCUCCAAUGGCCGGCCAGCUUCCUGAGGCAAUUCUUUAAUUCGGUCCCGAAAGUGGACUAUCUCACUCUUCGUCACGGAUUUAUAAUGGUUCAUUUAUCGGAAGGAAGCAAUUUCGAUUUCCAAAAGUACAUAAAGCGAGCGCUUGAAAAGGAUUUCAGUGUACUUGUAGGAAUAAGCUUGUGGGUUUGGAUCUUCGCCGUGAUUUUCAUAUUUUUCCACGCACACGGAUUCUACAACUAUCUGUGGCUUCCCUUUUUCCCGUUGGUGAUGUUGUUAUUGGUCGGGACAAAGCUCCAUGGAAUUAUAACAAAGAUGUGCCUCGACAGUAAUGACAAAUCUCAUGUAGUGAGAGGGACUUUACUUGUGAGGCCAAGUGACCAUUUCUUCUGGUUCGGCAGACCCAAAUUGCUCCUUUAUCUCAUCCACUUCAUCCUAUUUCAGAACUCAUUUCAAUUGGCAUUUUUCACAUGGUCUUGGUUCAAAUAUGGGUUCAGAUCUUGCUUCCAUCAAGAGACAGAGGACAUAGUCAUAAGGCUUGUAAUGGGAGUGGCUGUACAAGUUCUCUGUGGCUACGUGACUCUGCCUCUCUAUGCAUUGGUCACGCAGAUGGGGACUUCAAUGAGGCAAGCCGUAUUCCCUGAGAAUGUGCACAAGGGACUCAAGAGAUGGAGAGCCACUGCCCGGAAAAAUCUUGCCCUCCGGAACCCUUACUCGGCUGGCCCAUCCCUCGAUGCUUCUGUUGACACCUCGCUUGGGACGUCGCCUUCUUUCUAUACCCUCGACGUUUCUAUUGAUACCUCGCUCAGGAACUCACCUUCUUUCAACACCCUCGAUGUUUCCUUGGCAAUGGACCUGAUCAACCCUGAACCAGAUCCCGAGCUUUUGCAAGCGGUCGACAACGUGGGGAAUGAAGCUCCUAAUGGAGGUGAUCAUCAUGAAAAUCAAAUGAAGAACAAGGGAUCAUUCGAUGAUUUUGUGACGAAUUAAACCCCGUAUUUUUUCAGAGAAAUUUUUGUUGCACUCUGUUGUGCCAUAAAUCGAUCGAAAAGAUCAAAGACUAAAGAGGAGGUGGCAUUGUAUAGCAAGGGUCAUCAAAUGUUUCUUUCCCUGAUUUGUAGGUACUAGGUAAUUAAUCGCGCGAUGUAGCAGGAUCAAGAAAUUUAGUUAUUAGAUUAUAAAAUUGAUCGGAUAUAUGUUUAUGCUCA